AUGGCCGCCGACUACACGUACAUGGACCCGGCCGAGCUGGCCGCCCUCUUGGAUGACGCGGAGGAGUGCGCCAGCGUCGCCGUCAUUGACUGCCGCGACGACGACCGUUGCGACGGCUUCAUCGUGGGCUCCAUUCACUUCCCGUCGCGGACGCAGUCGGAGCAGCGCAUCCACGAACUCGCGGCCGCCCUGGAGGAGGAGGGCCGGACGGUGAUUGUCUUUCACUGCAACCUCUCGCAGGUUCGGGGGCCGAGGGCGGCCAUCCGAUUUGCCGCGGCCCUGCGUGAGCGGGCGAUAUGCACGCUCUCCGUGUACGUCCUGCGGGGUGGUUGGGACCGCUUCUACGCGGUGUACGGCGAGAGCAGGCCGGAGCUAAUCGCCUACUGA